UAUAAGAGCUCCUAAGUUUCCAACAAGUCAUUAAAAAGCUCCGUAGCUAAGGAGCCAGCUUUUGGAUAUUUACAUCGACCCUGCAGACCUGAAACGUAGGCAUUAUACGUUUUAUUGUUGUUUUUGUUAUUAUUUAAGGCACAUAUAAUCCCGCCUAUCGAUAAAAAAUCGAAACUGAUGUUCGAAGAUAUGAUGCAAGAGGAAUCCAGCUCCCCGGUGUCUCCUGUGGACAGUUUGAGCAACAGUGAAGAAGAACUGGACAGGCAGCAAAAACGAUGUGGGAGGAAAAGGAGAUCGAGCAGGAAAAAUGGGGAGGAUUCAGAUAGCCCUACCCCUGGGAAAAGAGGAAAGAAGUCAAGCAGCAGCAGCCCGCAGUCUUUCGAAGAACUCCAGACCCAGAGAGUAAUGGCUAAUGUUCGGGAGCGACAGAGAACUCAGUCUCUCAACGAAGCCUUCGCGGCGCUUCGCAAAAUCAUCCCCACCCUGCCAUCGGACAAAUUGAGCAAAAUUCAGACCCUCAAGCUGGCAGCUAGGUACAUCGAUUUUCUUUGCCAAGUACUACAGAGCGAUGAGCUGGACUCUAAAAUGGCAAGCUGUAGUUAUGUGGCCCACGAAAGACUAAGUUAUGCUUUUUCAGUAUGGAGGAUGGAGGGAGCCUGGUCCAUGUCUGCAUCUCACUAGCGACAGUCACUCAAGGGAGAAAUGGAAACAACUAGUUUUCAUCUACCAGGAAAGUGGGAGACUUGAGUCAGAAGCUGGAUAUUUACAAAACUGGGACAUGAAUUUCUUGGGAAAUAUUAUAUAUAUAUAUAUAUAUAUAUAUAUAUAUAUAUAUAUAUAUAUAUAUAUAUAUAUAUAUAUAUAUAUAUAUAUAUAACAGAAAGGCCAAGGCAAGGGGAGCACUUACAAAAACAAAACAAAAACAGGCCAUGGACACACUGAACAUUUAACUGUGCGGCUACCAAACCAAAAAUACAUUCAGAUUUAUAUUAAAAAAAUUGUAUUUGACGAUGAAUGUCGGAAACUUUCUUUUUAUAUGUUGCAUGCCUUCUGAUCAUCCAUUCCUGUCUUAUAUGGAGAGGAUAAAAUACUCAGUUGAGCCUUUCAGCACUGAAGGCUUUUGAAGAAUUUUUUUCCAUAGAAUAUUUUUGAACCUGGUUGAUUCCUUUACAAGGUUAAAUUGUCUUUAAGAAAAUGCAUUUUAUUUAUUUAUUGAUGACCUAUGUUAUAAUGCAACUAGAUCAGGUGUCUAAACGCAUUAUUAUUUUUAUGAUUGUUGUGUAAAUAACUUUGUAUAUUUUUCUGCAAUAAAAUGAAUAUAAUUCAAAA